AUGGUAACCAUCCCCAAAACCCACAAGGCCGUCGCCACACCCGCCAAACGCGCACCCCUCAUCCUCCUCGACCGCGAGACAGCUCCCCCGGGACCAGGCGAAAUCCUCAUCCUCAAUGAAUGGACCGCCUCCAGCCCCCUCGACCUCCACCGCGCCGACGGCGGCCUCCUCUGCAACCACCCGGAAGUCAUGGGCGGCGGCGCAGCGGGCACCGUAGUCGCCGUAGGCCCCGACCAGGACCCAGCGGACGCCGACAGACUGAACCCGGGGGACAAGAUCUUUACGUUUGCGUUCCACCACUUUAGCGAGCGCGCGCACCAGGACUUCGCGACGGUGCCGGCGUAUCUGGUCUCCAAGCUGCCCGCGAACGUCACCCCGCAGGAGGCGGCGACGGUGCCGACGAAUCUGAUUACCGUGUUCCAUGCCGUGACGGCGGAUCUGGGAUUAGAGCUGCCGUGGCCUCGACCCGCCGAGGGAGAGUGGGUUCCGCGUGCGAGGGACGACGCCGUGCUUGUCUGGGGCGCGGCGAGCAGUGUCGGCGUGUACGCGGUGCAGGUGCUGCGGCACUGGGGGUAUCAGAACGUCCUGGCCGUGGCGAGCGAGAAACACCACGCGCAGCUGAAGGCGAUGGGCGCCCGGGAGACGUUUAGUUACCGGGACGCCGACGUCGUGGAGAAGAUUCUGGGGGCCGUUGGUGAGCGGGGCGUGCCGUUCGUGUUGGAUUGUAUCGGGUCCGUCGAGGGCACGCUGAGACCGUUGACGAAGAUUGCGGGCCGGGGGACAAAGGUUGCGGUCAUGUUGCCUGUCAUUGUGAGGGAUGCGACGGAGGAGGUUGAGCCGGAGUAUGAGAUGGAGGUGGGGAUCGUGUUGGUUGGGGAGUGGGCUGAUGGUGUCGAGCUCCGGGGGGUGAGGACGCAUUUCUACCUUGCGAAUGAGUUCUUCAAGGAAAAGAUGCAGAGAGAAAUUGUGCCGACGCUCUUGGAGCAGGGCAUCAUCAAGCCCAACAAGCAGAAGAUUGUCGAGGGCGCCACCAUGCUGGAGAGAGCGCAAAAGGCGAUUGAGUUGCUGAGAAAGAGGGAUCCCAGCGGUGAGCGUCUGGUCUGA